UCCGUCGGAGACGAAGACUUGGUGAGCAUCGACGAAACACGCCGAGAAGUCAAGAGAUUCCAAGAAUAUUACAUUCGGGAAGAUGCCUCCUGGUUGAUUGUGGGCGACGUCUCUCUCGAUUUCGAUAUCUUUUCCUCCCGCCGCCGCCACCGUUGCCGUCGGGAAGGAUGUGGCAGACUCCGCCCACCUACUUUGAGCGAUCGUCGAAGGCACUCCCAAGUUGGCCCUCAUUCUGGGACGUGUUUAGGUCUCGUAUCACUACUACAUCGCAUUUUCAAUCAUGUCUGACGUCGAAGACGAGUACGAAGAUGAGGAGGAGAUCGAGGAGGACGAGCCAGUCGCCGACGAGAACCAAGAGCCAGAGGCUGAAGAGCCAGAGGCCGAGGAGGAAGCUCCGGCUCCGGCCGCUGCCUCCCCAAGAGCUGCUGCUCCACCAGCGUCUCUCAAGAGUCCAACACCAGGAAGACAACAAGUCAACUUCACUCCAAGCAUUCCACAGAGUGUUUUGAGAAAGCAACAAAACUACUCAUCUGGAAAGCCAUCAACCAUCCACACCAAGGAAAAGUUGAUGAGAUCCGAGGGAAUUAUCCCAAUUCAAGCUGGAUCUAACAAGUAUGCUUCCCAGAAGGGAAUGACCGGAUUCGGAGUUCCCCGUGACGUCAUCGACAAAGUUAAGUCUGAUAACUUGGCUGAAAUCACUGACGAGAAGAAGAUUGCCAACCUCAAGGGAUCCACCUGGCUUCAGUCCGGAACCAACAAAUUCGCUUCCCAAAAGGGACAGUCCGGCUUCGGAGCUGUUCGUGAUGUCAACUACAAGACCAAGGGAACCGGAGGAGCUUCAGAAGUUCCAGAAGAGAAGGCACGUGCUUCCGAUGGAAUCGUUCCACUUCAAUCUGGAACCAACAAGCUCGCAUCUCAAGCUGGAAUGACCGGAAUCGGAAUGCCACGUAUUGUUGAUGUGAGAAGGACCAACGACCAGGAUCGUGACUCGCAAGGAUUCAUUCACCUUCAGAUGGGAACCAACAAGUUUGCCAACCAAGCUGGUAUGACCGGAUUCGGUAUGCCACGUCACAACAUCACCAAGUACAAGGACGAGGUUCGCGGAGACAUGCCACACGACGAAGGAACCCUUUCAAGACAGACCUCUGGAUGGAAGGAGGGAGCUUCGCAAGCCGGUAUGACCGGAUUCGGAGCCUUCCGUAACAACACCGUCGCCUUCAUGCAGGCUCAAGACCAACGAUCACAGGGAAUGAUUCCAUACCAGAUGGGAGUCAACUUCCUCGAAUCACAAGCCGGAAAGACCGGAUUCGGACAGCCAAGACAGGUGUACACUCCAUUCACUGACGAUACUCACGAGGAUCUGCCAGCUGAUAUCGCCCGCCGACCGGAUGUUCCUUUCUGGACAGGACAGAAGGAGGCUGAUCAUGCUAACCAGACCGGUAUGACUGCCUUCGGUACUCCACGUGACGUCCGCGGAGAGUAUGUCCGUCGUAUGUGGUAAUUACAUCUUCCAUUCAAAUCCAUCCAAAAAACCAUCAUCUCCACCCACAUGCUUUUUAUAUCCUUUUUUCUUUGAAUUAUUUUUUUUUUGAAUUCUUACAAUUUUUUUGAGAUUGUACUAUAAUAAAACUAUGAGCCUUGCCUUUCAUCCAUGUGUUACUUUAACUUCAAUUUAGUUUUGCCGAGAUUAGAAAAUGAAUCUGAUUGCAUCGAAUUUUC